GAGUGCUCCGUUGCCGAGGUAGGGCUGCAGGAGAUGGGAAUCCUAAAGUAACGCAGAAAAUGAAAUGACCACAUCGGAUAUGUGCAGCGCUUUGCCUGCAUCUCAGCUCCCAGCUGCCCUGUGGGAGGGGGGUCACGAUCUGCAGGACGGUUCCCUCCCGCUGGCAGAUGCGGGGCCGCAGCUGCUGAGACGCCCGACCUCGGCCGGCGCUACAGCCUUGAGCUCAUCAUCGGUCGGCGGCUGUCCAGGUUGUACUUGCCUGCUCAGCAAUAAGUCUAGAAGCUGAGACUCCCAGACACUCCACUGAUCAUCCUCUGUCGGUCUACACCCAUUGCUGCUGGACUAUGCUGGUUACAGCUGGAAUACGCUAGUUACAAUUGGACUUCGAUGAUUAAGGCUGGACUUCGCUGGUUUCAAUAUUGGGGAUAACUGGUCUACGCAGUUUACACCUAGUCCAUCACAGCACCUCUGGUCAACAUUGGUUUCUGCUGGCCAAUAACCUAGUCUCCACUAGGUACCACCAGUUGGUCAAUGAUAGGCACUGCUGUCCAUGUUUAGUGCUGGUCAGGACUGGUCAGCAUGAGGAGCAGGAGUAACUCUGGCGUCCGGUUGGAUGGGUACGCAAGGUUGGUGCAGAGAACCAUCUUAUGCCACCAGAACCCAGUAACGGGACUGUUGCCUGCCAGCGUCGACCAGAAGGAUGCCUGGGUGCGAGAUAAUGUGUACAGUAUUCUGGCUAUCUGGGGCCUGGGAUUAGCAUAUCGCAAGAACGCAGACCGAGACGAGGAUAAGGCUAAAGCUUAUGAACUGGAGCAGAGUGUUGUGAAGUUAAUGAGGGGGCUUCUCCAAUGCAUGCUAAGGCAGGUGGAGAAAGUUGAGAAGUUUAAGCAGAGCCAGAGCACGAAGGACUCUCUCCAUGCCAAGUACAACACCACCACGUGUGGGACGGUGGUUGGUGACAAUGAGUGGGGCCACCUUCAGGUGGAUGCUACCUCCCUCUACCUGCUCUUCCUGGCACAGAUGACUGCAUCAGGAUUACGCAUCAUUUUUACCCUGGAUGAAGUAUCGUUUAUACAGAAUCUCGUAUUUUACAUUGAGGCCGCUUAUAAAGUUGCUGAUUACGGCAUGUGGGAGCGCGGAGAUAAAACGAACCAGGGAAUAGCAGAGCUAAAUGCAAGUUCUGUGGGCAUGGCCAAGGCAGCGCUGGAGGCGAUCGAUGAGCUGGAUUUGUUUGGAGCCUGUGGAGGUCCUAGAUCAGUCAUCCACGUUUUGCCGGAUGAAGUGCAACAAUGCCAGUCCAUUCUUCUCUCUAUGUUACCCAGAGCAUCAACGUCAAAAGAGAUCGAUGCUGGACUGCUUUCGAUCAUUUCCUACCCUGCCUUUGCAAUUGACGACAUUGAUCUUGUGAAUGUGACAAAAAACGAAAUAAUUACAAAACUGCAAGGUCGAUAUGGCUGCUGUCGAUUUCUGAGGGACGGCUACAAAACCCCAAGAGAGGAUCCGAACAGACUACAUUAUGACUCGGCUGAGCUGCAGUUGUUUGAAAACAUUGAAUGUGAAUGGCCCGUGUUCUGGACCUACCUCCUCAUUGAUGGGGUAUUUAAAGAAGACAAGGUGCAGGUUGAAGAGUACAGAGAAGCCCUGGAAGAAAUUCUUAUAAGGGAACAGAAUGGCAUACGACUGGUGCCAGAACUGUAUGCCGUCCCUGCUGAGAAGGUGGAUGAGGAAUAUAAGAACCCACAUACGGUGGACAGAGUCGUGAAAGGAAAAUUGCCUCAUAUGUGGGGGCAAUCUUUGUACAUCCUGGGGUGUCUCCUAUCUGAGGGAUUUUUAGCUCCUGGUGAAAUUGAUCCCUUAAGUCGAAGACUUUCUACAAUUGGCAGGCCUGAUGUUGUUGUCCAAGUGUCAAUAUUGGCUGAAUCUGAAAAGAUAAAGAACAUUUUAGCAAAGUAUAAUUUGGAUGUCGAGGCUAUAUCUGACAUUCUUCCAAUCAGAGUACAGCCAGGAAGAAUUCUGAGCCACAUAUAUGCAAAGCUGGGAUGCAACAGGAAUCUGAAUCUUAGUGGCCGCCCAUAUCGACAUAUUGGUGUUCUUGGAACUUCUAAGUUGUAUGUGAUCAGAAACCAGACCUUCUCAUUUACUCCACAGUUUAUUGAUCAGCAUCAGUUUUACUUGGCCCUGGACAAUCGUAUGAUUGUGGAGAUGCUCCGGACUGACCUUGCCUACCUCUUCUCCGCCUGGAAGAUGACAGGGCGACCUACAGUCACGUUUCCAAUCACAAAAACCAUGCUGACUGAGGAUGGUGCAGACAUUGACUCGAAUAUUCUUUGCACACUUCGAAAGCUGCAGGAUGGCUACUUAUGUGGGGCUAGGGUAAAAACUGGGAAACUUUCAGAAUUUCUGAUUACCUCGUGCUACACAAAUCUGAGUUUCAUGGACCCAGGUCCCGACGGCUUCCUCUUGGAUGAUUAUUUCAGUGAGGGAAGCUUCACUCCAACAACAGAGGUGCCAGAGUCGGUGUCUGCGCAUGAUUCAUGCUACAAAAAUGAUGUUGACACUGAAGACGAGCUCAUGCAGUAUAUAAAUCAUCUGCUACAAAGCACCACCCCUGUAUCGAAACGACUUCCUCCAACAUCCCGGAACCCAGGAAUGCAUCACAUGUUUGAGACAGAGCACACAACUAAGGACGUAUUCACAAUGGUGGCCAAAGCAACAGGGCUGGAAUUACCAAGCAGCUCCAUGUAUCUGCCCAUGAAAGUUCCACUUGCUCAUCGGAAGUGUUUGAACCUGCUGGAAGUUCCAAAAGUACAGAAGGUUAAGUUGGAUCAUCGAGUGGAUCUCAGCUUGCCCAAGGAUGCCCAUGGUGAUAUUGACUUUGCUUCAUUGGUUGAACAGCUGAAAGAAUGCAUUACACUACAAGACCAGGCAGACAUAUUAUACAUCCUGCAUGUCAUUAAGGGCCCUGACUGGGACACAAAUAUCGGGGGACAGAGUGGUACUACGGUUCGGAGCCUCAUGACUGAGCUGUAUGGUAAAGCCGGCCAAAAUCGCGAGUGGGGACUGAUCCGCUACAUCUCCGGCCUGCUCAGGAAAAGGAUUGAAGUCCUCGCUGAGGCCUGCACAGACCUUCUGUCGCAUCAGAAACAGCUGACGGUGGGUCUUCCCCCUGAACCACGCGAGAGGAUCAUCACAACCCCCCUGCCACCGGAUGAACUGGCAGAGCUUAUUUACGAGGCAAGUGGGCAAGACAUUAGUUUGGCAGUUCUGACCCAGGAAAUCAUGGUCUACCUCGCGAUGUAUGUGAGGACCCAACCCUGUCUCUUUGCAGAAAUGCUCAGGCUGAGAAUUGGGCUCAUCAUUCAGGUGAUGGCCACAGAGCUUGCUUAUAGUCUCAGUUGUUCAGGAGAAGAAGCUUCUGAGAAUUUGAUGAACCUGUGCCCUUUUGACAUGAAGAAACUUGUACAUCACAUUUUAAGUGGAAAAGAGUUUGGCGUGGAAAAAAGUGUUCGACCGAUCGAUUCCACUGGCAUCAGUCCGGCCAUUUCCAUCCAUGAAGUUGGCCACACAGGGGCAACAAAAACAGAGAGGACAGGCAUCAAUAAGCUAAAGAGUGAGAUGAGACAGCAAUGCAGCAGCCCCUCGUCUCCCACCGCCAGCUCAUCUCCAGCCGGCUCCUUCGGCGCCACCUUGAAUUGGGAUGAACGCCAGGGUCAGUGGCUGCGCAGACGACGUCUUGAUGGAGCCAUUAACCGAGUGCCCAUGGGUUUCUACGAAAAAGUCUGGAAACUUCUACAGAAGUGCCAUGGACUUUCCAUUGAUGGCUUUGUACUUCCUUCUUCAACCACAAGAGAGAUGACUCCCCAAGAGAUCAAGUUUGCCGUCCAUGUGGAGUCUGUUCUGAACCGUGUUCCUCAGCCUGAGUACAGGCAGCUGUUGGUGGAGACGAUCCUGGUUCUCACUAUGCUGGCAGAACUGGAUGUCCACACCAUUGGUGGAGUCAUCUGUGUGGACCACAUCGUACACAUGGCCAAUGAGUACUUUUUGCAGGAUCAGAAAUCCCUUGGAGCAGGUGAUUCAAUUUUAGAGAUGGACACAGCCACAAGAAUCUGCAAUUUGUUCUAUGACAGCGCUCCAAGUGGCAACUACGGAACCAUGACCUAUCUGACCAAAGCAGUUGCCUCCUAUCUCCAAGACUUCUUGCCAAAUACUGGCUGCUUCCUCCAGUAGAGCAGUGGCCCGUGAAGCAGUUAACAGCAUGAAGAGCUUCCUCAUUAUGUUAUUUUAUGCUUCAGCACUGUGUUUUAACUGAACAUAUUUCGGAUCAAAUUAUAACCAGAUGCAAUGACGCAUGGGAUAAUAUGGAAUAUUGUUUAUUUAAGGCUGUUAUUUAUUUGACUCGGUUACAAUAACUUCUUUGCAUGUGGCUACUGACAUGCCAAAGUCCACUCACUCACAACUGGCAGCUCCCAAGAUUUAUAUUUAUAAUUGACUUGCAUCGAAAUCAGCUCAAGCAUGUAGUGAGAAAAAUGAUUACCAAAUAUGUUUGAAUUAUCUUCUGUGCACCAGAUUCUAUGCACUGUGCCUACUAUUCCCAUUGUGGUGUAGCAAGAUUUAUGAAGCUCUGAUAAUUUACAACUUAAAAUUUAGAGGUACAUAGAAUUUUGCUUUCUAUUAACAAAUCUGAUUAAUAAUGUAGCUCAAUUAGUUUCAGUGGUUAAUGGUGAUUUUUGGCGAGUGAAUAUUUACAAACUAUCUUACGCAUGUCCGGGCAGAUUGUGUUUGCAGUAUAGAAAUUAUAUACAACGGGUGGAGGAACAAUAAAACAUCAAGUCACAACUUCCAGUGAAAGUUGACUUGGACAUUUGCUAAUCAGGAAUCUUACUAGACCAUGUUAAGGUACAAUUUUGUACUGCACAAGUGUGGGGAUAGGAAAAUGAGAGUUUGUUUGGCUUGAAUGAGCUUCUUAUCAGAGUGAAGCCAAGCUAUGCAUUAAUGAACUUGUCUGAAUUUGCCCAAUGCAGUUUUAAAAUGUGUUUCCCAGUCAAAUUAGAUUUCUAUCUACUGUAUUAAACUAACAUCAGUGCAUCAUUGCACUAAUAUGAUUCUGUCCCUUAGGGUCAGUAGUUUAUACAUACGGCAGAAAUUUGGUUUCAGGGUAUGUGUAAUCUAGGUAUGUAUAAAUACCAACCAACUGUGUCUCAUUGUUUCCGAAAAAAUAAAUAGUUCAUAUGCACUGAAAAGCUGCUUACUGUUUACGCUGUUGGCUGUAAUUUAGCCUGAUCCUUGCUCGAACAAUGUUUUUAAUGGAAAAUGUGCUUUUAUUUUUAGUUGUAUAUUUAUAUUCAUAGCAAGUAAACCUAAACAAAAUGUUACAAUAUGAAUAUUCUGCUGCAAUCUUAUUUCAAAUGAAUUGCUCAUGGUUCAGUAUGUUGUUUGCAGUUGUAGAGAUAAAAGUGGCCCAUUGUCCAGGUAAACAGUACAAUCAUCUGUAGUACAGCUGGCCAUUAGCGAUGAGUAAGAUGCAGAAGCAAACAUCCCCCAUGGAGAAUGUUACAGUGAUUAUUUACUCCAUCUGUGAGAAGAUGGAAAACUGAAAGUGUUGAAGCAUUUAUUCAAAGACAUUUUUUAUGAAAGCCAAAACACCUUAUGACUGGAGUAGUGGUUCAUGAGUCAGAGGUUGCAUUACCAGUAUUCAAGCUCAGGCUGUGAAUGGCCAUACCCCAUGGAGACCAUGUGCAUUCCAAAAUAAAUGUGAUGCAUGGCAAGCUGAACGUAUCCAUGUAGGUUAAGGGUCCACUGUCUCUGAUUUCCUCCACUACUCUAGUACAAUGAGAUAUCUCCGUUGCUCUAUGGACCUUCCCCAAAUUAAUUUGCUUCACCAAUGUCCGUGCUAGUGUUCUGAAAUUUCCUCCUUAAACCUCUCCCCCUCCUUUAAAGUUCACAGUUCAGUUUUAAUCGCCAUCCUAAUGUCUUCAUAAUUGUAUUUGACAAUGCCUAUGCCAAGGCCCCAUGAUGUACUAAUACACUGUGGAUGCAGGUUUAAAAAAAAAUAGCUCUGUGAAGGUAAUCCUAUAGAGGUGUCUGUUAAAAUGGAAUGGACAUUUCAAAGCAGACAAUAACGUACUGGAGGAAUUCAGCAGGUCAGACAGCAUCCAAGGAAGGAAAGGACAGAUGACGUUCCAGGCUGGGAUCCUCCUUCAGAUAGUCAUCAGCCUAAAGCAUUAUCUCAUUAUGUGCUCUCUGAUCUUGGGUAUUCCAGCAUUUUCCAGAUGUGUUGCGUCCAUUUUAUUUUGUUCCAAAAUUAGAGUGAAAGCUCCCAUUCUCCACAACAACUUAUGAAUGAUUUUGUUUCUUGGAGGACUCUUGUUCCUGGAAGAAAUCUACAUGCAAAUCACUGACCAUGACGUAAUAAUGAGAAAGAAGCCUUUGAGAGCGUGGUCACCAUCUGUGAGCUGAUUACAUGCUCUACGCCUCAGUUAGCCA